AUGCUCAAGAAUAUGAGCGACAAAUAUUCACAUGAAGAUGAAUCACAUCGGAUCAAACGUAAAGAAAAUGAACAAGCAAGUGAAUUAAUUAAUAAUAAUUCAAAAAAAGCAAAAACAAACGAAAUUGAUAAAAUCAGUCAUGGUCAUGGCCGUGACCGUGACUAUCGUGACUCACGGCGGUCACGCCGGGGUCUAGUUAUAACACCUAAACAAUGGAACGAAUUCAUCUCAUCUCCUCAUUUUCAUUAUUUAGCACAAACAGGUGUAUCGCUUGAAUAUCAAGGUCUAGGUAUUGCAAGUAGUUUAAUCACACUUGCUAAAAGCCAUAGUAUUGAUGGUUUAUGUACAAACAUCACUUAUUGGCCUUAUAACAAUAUUGCAUCUGAAGAAUGUAAAAGAAAAAAUGGAUUUGAAUGUAUUGGUAUUUGGCAUCAAACUAUCUGUGAACAUUUUGUACCAUUCAAAGCUAAAAUAUUUAUUUGGCGACCGAUCAAGUCUGACCUGAGUUGA